AUGGGUAUAAUACAGAGAGUGAAGAAACCUACGACGAGGAAAGGUAAAAAAGUAUUGCAAUCUAAGGAGCCCAAGCCCAUUGAAGGGCCCAAACAAGCCCUGUUUCUUCAGGGUCGCAAACCUUCAGAGCGCACACGUAAAUUGUUAAAGGAUAUCUAUGAUUUGAAGAAGCCAGAUGCUGCAUACUUGAGCCGAAAGAAUGAUUUCGUACCGUUUGAAGAUGCGACGCUCAUUGAGAAAUUAUGCUACAAGAAAGAAGCAGCGUUAUUUGGAGUGGGCUCCCACUCUAAGAAGAGGCCCCACAAUAUAGUAUUAGGCCGUACUUUUGACUAUGGUAUAUUGGACAUGAUAGAGUUGGGCGCAGAUAAUUACAAGGCAAUGUCAGAGUUCCACAACAUGAAGGUUCUAGCUGGCAUAAAACCAUGUUUAAUAUUCAAUGGACCAGCAUGGGAUUUAAACCAAGAUUUGAAGAGAUUGAAAUCUUUGUUUACUGAUUUCUUUUGCAGAGAAAAGGUAGAAUCAAUAAGACUGCAAGGAUUGGAGCAUGUGAUCAGUUUCACAGCCACAGAUGAUGGUAACAUCUACUUCAGGUCAUACAGAAUACAGCUCAAAAAGAGUGGACAGAGGACACCUAGAAUUGAGCUGGAGGAGAUAGGACCCUCCAUAGACUUUAAACUGAGGAGAACAAGAUUAGGAGCAGAUGAUCUUUUCAAGGAAGCAUGCAAGGUACCAAGAGAGCUCAAACCGAUCACAAAGAAGAACAUUUCCAGGGAUGCUUUUGGUUCCAAGUUGGGUCGUGUGCAUAUGGGCAAGCAGGAGAUUCAAAAACUCCAGACCCGCAAGAUGAAGGGUUUGAAGAAGACUCCAGAAGAAAAGAAACAAAUGUUAAUGAAACGAAAGCAGGAACGGAAAGCUGCCAGACAAGCACAGAAUGUGUCCGCCGAAUAA